AUGUGCCCACACUCGCAACAUUCUCGCUUAACCGGCCACUUGCAGAAUUUACUAAGAUUUAGGACAUCUGCCUUGAUAUACAAGGACUUCUUGACAACACCGCAUCUCUUCAGCUUUCCACAGGAAUAUAGGAACUUCUGUGUCAGUCUGGCAGUUUGCUGUCUUAUAUACCAUCGAAAUGAACAAUAUAUUAGAACAACACCUUGUCCAUCAGUAGUUCAGUUGGUAAUCUUCCUAAACAUCCAUGGAUAA